AGGAGAGUAUAAAAUGCACAUGGACGAGCUGCUUUUAUAUGACAGAGAGGCGUAUGAAGCAUUGUUGGCUGCAGAACCAGAACAUUGGUGUCGAGCUUUCUUCUCAAAAACUGGAAGGUCGGCUAAUGUUUGCAACAACCUUUCAGAAAGCUUCAACCGGACCAUCAAAAAGGCUAGAGAAUUGCCUUUGAUUAAUAUGUUGGAAACCAUCAGAAGACAAGCCAUGAUGCGUAUUUCUCGUAGGUUUAAGAGGGCAGCCAAGUGUAUAAUGCAAUUCCCGCAAAGAAUAGCAGAUGUGUUGGAGGUGAAUAGAAAAAACAGCAAAGACUGCCAAAUCAUGGUAAGUAGUGAUAACUUGUAUGAGGUUUUAGUGCAUGAUUUAAGUCAUGAGGUCAGCCUGAGAAUGGGAACGUGUGCUUGUGGGCGUUGGGACCUAGUUGGCAUACCUUGCAACCAUGCAAUUUGUGUCAUCAAUGACAUUCGUCGAAAACCAGAAGAGUAUGUUGUUAACUACUAUAAAACUCCAGUGUGGAUAGACACAUAUAGGGACAACAUCAAACCAGUCAAUGGGGAGCUCUGUUGGAAUAAAACUGGUAAGGGACCCAUUGGUGUUCCUGGAUUUAAAAAGAUGCCAGGACGUCCUAAGAAAAAGAGAAUUGCACCAGCUCAUGAGUCCCCAUCAAAGCCCAAUAGAACAACUCGUGGUAGGAGGACUAUCACUUGUAGUAAUUGCAAACAGGUUGGACAUAACAAAGGGACUUGUAAGAAUCAAUCUUUUGUGGUCGAAGGUCCAAAACGAAAACGUGGAAGACCUCAGAAGAUACCUGUUGAUGGUGAAAGCUACCAGUCUCCUCCACCUAAAAAGACAAAGAAAAACUAAGUCUGAAGCUUCCAUUUCAGUGCCUCAAUCCCAACCUGCAACAUCUACAGCAUCUGGUGCGACCUCUGGUGCGACCUCUACGUUUCCAACAUCAUCUAGUGCACCACCUGCUUCAGCUACGGGACCUCGACGUUGCCGACCACCAGGACGAGGUCAAGGUCGUCCACCAGUCCGAAGACAGCCAUCGGAUCCCUAAGGGAGUUGGUAUUUACACAUGUCCUUUCACAAAUCGAGUAUUUGAUGUGAGAGGAAGCAGAGCACGAGAUCUUGGACAAUCUCAGGGACCACACUAACUCUAGUUUAUUAUCAUGCUAUCUUUUGGAUCCUUCUAGUUUUUAGACUUUGACUAUCUAAAUUAUGAUUUUCUUUUUUUUGUUUGCGUU